AUGCCCGCCCACAAUAACCACCCUCAAACCCUUCCGCAUCUUCACACCACCUUCGCCCUCCCGCCCCCGUCAUCCCAUACUCAGUACAACACCACCACAAAACCACGACGAACAACAACAACAACAACAACACCAGGACCAGGCACCCUCUUCACCCCAUCCACCUCCCCAACCAUCUCCCCCCUUAGCUCCACAACCACCAGUCCCACCUCCUCCCCAAUCUCCAAUCCGGAUUCCAUCUCCUCCGCCUCUGACACCCGCGGCCACUCCCCGCCGCCGCCGCCGCCGUUCUUCGCGCUUCCGCAUCGGGUCCAUUAUCAUUAUUCAGGUGGGGGGAACGGCCAUCACAACCCAACCCAGAAACCGCCAGUGCAGCAGGGGCAGCAUCAACCACCGAAAUACCAGCAUUUGCAACCACAAGACAAAUACCAGCGUCCGCCGCAAGCAGAUCUCACCACCCCGCCCUUGAGUCCGCAUUUGGUGCCUGUGAACAACAACAACAACAACAACAACAACAACAAUCACCCCGCUCGAUCGUUCUCCUCGCCGGCGGUACUGAAGCAGACCGAGAAGGAACAGCAAGGCCAAGCGCAGGCGCUGAGUUUCCUUCCGCCGCUGGAAUUUGGGGAGUCCCCUCUGCUGGAGUUGUCGCUGUCGUCUUUGCUUCCGCUGUCGCCGGAAUUGUCGCCAGAGCCGGAGCAGCAGCCGGAGCAGCAGCCAGACCCAGAGCGAGGUUCAAGCUUGGACUUUACUCCAACGGGACUCGGGUUCGUUGCGUCGGAACAGCGCUACCACCGCCACCACCACCACCACCACCAGCCAAGACUCCUAUCCAAAAUCGAAAAGGAAGUCCUCGAGGAGCAAGGCCGCGCGGCCGCCGGUGCAGUGGAGCGGGUGGGGCUGGGGUUGUUGGAACCGAGGCCAUUUCUGUGGUGUGCGAGGGUUGACGGCGGCGGCGACGAUCGGAUGAUCGGCAGGGGAGGGGUUUUCUUGGAGGGAAUAGAGGAGGUUUUGGCGGGAUAG